AGAAACACACUUAGACAUACACACACACACCAUUCAUGAAAAACUCCACGGAGAAAACUAAGAAGAUGGUCGAUGAUCAUAAUGAUCGUAUAGUCCUAUGGGAUUGUGGAAGUCCACUCUACGAUUCCUACGAGCUCGUCUCUCUCACUCACAUCAUCGAACGCCAUUUCAUGUCUCUCCCUUCUCUCCCCGGCGCCGCUAAAGUGUGCUGUUCUCGGACGCCGUCCGAUUUGGGGGCAAAUGAGAAUCGCGUGGCCAGCACCGUCGUGGAUCUGUGCUGCUCCUCUGAUUCGAUGGCUGGUAAAUUAUUUUGCGGUGUUUUUCGGACCAAAUGGUGGAAAAGAAAGAAAAACACCGAUCGUGUCAUCGAUGGUUACGAGAAGAAGAAGAAGAAGAUGUUUUGUCGGAUUCUCUCUGGGAUAAGGAUUCCUACAACAAGAUCGAUCUAGUUCGCCGAAGAUGUGAUUCUUGUCUCCUUUCGUUAUGAAAAUAAUAAUGACUGUUGUUUCUUGAUUUAAUUUUUAAUCCAAUAACAUGUAAUGAGAAGUGGGAUCUGUAUUUUCUUUAUUCAUUUGAUUAAACGCAUAUUAGUUGCAUUUCAAAAUAU